AUGCGCCCGGACCCCAACGCUGCCGCGCCGCCACGCGACAAGCCGCUGCCCGUCCUGCCAGUAUUAGGGGCGACGCCGCCGUUGCCACUCUGGUCCGAAGAUCAGAUCAACGCGCUGCAGAGCGAAAACAAGAAGUUGCGACAACAUAUCCUGAAACAUAGGAGGAGGGAGUCCGAAAACCACGAGACUAUUGCGCUCCUGACUCAACAAAACGUCUGUUACCUCCAAGAGAUCGAGCGGCAGGACAAUAAAGUGACGCGGAUAGCUGGCUUCGUCGCAGCCACCUUCGAGGAGUACAAACACAGCAGAUGGAGUAGUUCCGAGGAGCAUCGCAUCAGCACACACACCACGAUUGACGACAUGAUUCGCAUCUACAGCGAGCUGUAG